GGCUUCCAAAAACCCCGCGCGCGCGCUGUCGAGGGGAGGAGGAGAAAAGACGGACGCCCUGGCGAGCCAAUGAGGCUUAGGGGGUCCAUUUUGUUAAUCUAUGCCAGCAAUUAUGACAAUGUUAGCAGACCAUGCAGCGCGACAGCUGCUGGAUUUCAACCAGAAAUUGGAUAUAAAUCUGUUGGAUAAUGUGGUGAACUGCCUGUAUCAUGGAGAAGGAGCCCAGCAAAGGAUGGCACAGGAGGUCUUGACUCAUUUAAAGGAGCACCCUGAUGCAUGGACAAGAGUGGAUACUAUUCUGGAAUUCUCUCAGAAUAUGAACACCAAAUAUUAUGGCCUGCAGAUCUUGGAAAACGUGAUAAAAACAAGAUGGAAGAUUCUUCCGAGAAACCAAUGUGAAGGUAUCAAAAAGUAUGUUGUUGGCUUAAUUAUCAAGACUUCAUCGGACCCAUCAUGUGUGGAAAAAGAGAAAGUAUAUAUUGGGAAACUGAAUAUGAUUCUUGUUCAGAUACUAAAACAGGAGUGGCCAAAACAUUGGCCAACAUUCAUCAGUGACAUAGUGGGGGCCAGCAGGACAAGUGAGAGCCUUUGCCAGAACAAUAUGGUAAUCUUAAAAUUGCUAAGUGAAGAGGUCUUUGACUUUUCUAGUGGACAGAUAACUCAAGUGAAAGCCAAACACUUGAAAGACAGCAUGUGCAAUGAAUUUUCGCAGAUAUUUCAGCUGUGUCAGUUUGUGAUGGAAAAUUCACAAAAUGCUCCCCUGGUUCAUGCGACUUUGGAAACUUUGCUACGAUUCCUUAACUGGAUUCCACUUGGUUACAUUUUUGAGACCAAGCUGAUCAGCACACUAAUAUACAAAUUCUUAAAUGUCCCCAUGUUCCGAAAUGUCUCUUUGAAGUGCCUCACAGAAAUUGCUGGUGUCAGUGUAAGCCAAUACGAGGAACAGUUCGUCACACUAUUUACGUUGACCAUGAUGCAGUUAAAACAGAUGCUUCCUUUGAAUACCAACAUUCGACUUGCGUACUCAAAUGGGAAAGAUGAUGAGCAGAACUUCAUUCAGAAUCUCAGUUUAUUUCUCUGUACUUUUUUAAAAGAGCAUGGCCAGCUUAUAGAAAAACGUUUAAAUCUAAGAGAGACAUUGAUGGAAGCUCUUCAUUACAUGCUUCUGGUUUCUGAAGUUGAGGAAACUGAAAUCUUCAAGAUUUGCUUGGAGUACUGGAAUCACCUGGCUUCUGAACUAUAUAGAGAGAGUCCGUUUUCAACGUCUGCUUCUCCUUUACUUUCGGGGACUCAGCAUUUUGAUGUUCCUCCCAGGAGACAACUUUAUCUACCUGUCCUGUCCAAGGUUCGGUUGUUGAUGGUUAGUCGUAUGGCAAAGCCAGAAGAAGUGCUAGUCGUGGAAAAUGACCAAGGGGAAGUUGUCCGAGAAUUCAUGAAAGAUACUGAUUCUAUCAAUUUGUACAAGAACAUGAGAGAAACACUAGUUUACCUCACCCAUCUGGAUUAUGCAGAUACUGAACGAAUAAUGACAGAGAAACUUCACAAUCAAGUAAAUGGUACUGAGUGGUCAUGGAAAAACCUAAACACUCUGUGUUGGGCUAUAGGCUCAAUUAGUGGAGCAAUGCAUGAAGAAGAUGAGAAAAGGUUUCUUGUAACAGUAAUAAAGGACCUUCUGGGACUCUGUGAGCAGAAACGUGGGAAAGAUAACAAAGCUAUUAUCGCAUCCAAUAUCAUGUACAUAGUAGGGCAAUAUCCACGGUUUUUGAGAGCCCACUGGAAAUUUCUGAAGACUGUGGUCAACAAGCUGUUUGAAUUUAUGCAUGAAACCCAUGAUGGUGUCCAGGACAUGGCUUGUGAUACUUUCAUAAAAAUAGCGCAGAAAUGCCGCCGACACUUUGUCCAAGUCCAGGUGGGAGAGGUAAUGCCGUUCAUUGAUGAGAUCCUGAACAACAUUAAUACGAUCAUUUGUGAUCUUCAGCCUCAGCAGGUACAUACUUUCUACGAAGCAGUUGGCUAUAUGAUUGGAGCACAAACUGACCAAACUGUACAGGAGCAUUUGAUAGAGAAAUACAUGUUACUCCCUAAUCAAGUAUGGGAUAGCAUAAUUCAACAGGCCACAAAAAAUGUUGACAUCCUAAAGGACUCUGAAACAGUUAAACAGUUGGGUAGCAUCCUGAAAACCAAUGUGAGAGCAUGUAAAGCUGUCGGGCAUCCAUUUGUGAUUCAGCUGGGAAGAAUCUACUUGGAUAUGCUGAAUGUGUACAAGUGCCUAAGUGAAAAUAUUUCUGCAGCUAUUCAGGCAAACGGUGAAAUGGUUACAAAGCAGCCACUGAUCAGAAGUAUGAGAACAGUAAAAAGGGAAACCUUAAAAUUAAUUUCUGGCUGGGUGAGCCGAUCCAAUGAUCCUCAGAUGGUAGCUGAAAACUUUGUUCCACCUUUGCUGGACGCAGUCCUUAUUGAUUACCAGAGGAAUGUUCCAGCUGCCAGGGAGCCUGAAGUACUUAGUACAAUGGCUAUCAUAGUAAACAAACUGGGGGGACAUAUUACUGGUGAAAUACCUCAGAUAUUUGAUGCUGUCUUUGAAUGCACGUUAAAUAUGAUCAACAAGGACUUUGAAGAGUAUCCUGAACACAGAACAAACUUUUUCUUACUACUACAAGCAGUAAACUCUCAUUGCUUCCCAGCAUUCCUGGCCAUACCACCUGCACAAUUCAAGCUAGUACUGGACUCAAUCAUUUGGGCUUUCAAGCACACUAUGAGAAAUGUUGCAGAUACAGGCCUUCAGAUUCUCUAUACUCUCUUACAAAAUGUUGCACAAGAAGAAACUGCUGCUCAGAGUUUUUAUCAGACUUAUUUCUGUGAUAUUCUUCAACACAUUUUCUCUGUUGUAACGGACACAUCUCACACUGCUGGUUUGACGAUGCAUGCAUCAAUUCUUGCAUACAUGUUCAACUUAGUAGAAGAAGGAAAAAUAAGUACUCCUCUAAACCCUGGAAAUCCAGUGAACAACCAAAUGUUUAUUCAGGAGUAUGUUGCUAAUCUCCUUAAAUCUGCAUUUCCUCAUCUGCAAGAUGCACAGGUUAAGCUGUUCGUAACAGGACUCUUCAGUUUAAAUCAGGAUAUUCCUGCUUUCAAGGAACACCUUAGGGACUUCCUGGUUCAGAUAAAGGAAUUUGCUGGUGAAGACACAUCUGACUUAUUCCUGGAAGAAAGAGAAACAGCUCUUCGACAGGCUCAGGAGGAGAAACACAAACUUCAGAUGUCUGUCCCUGGCAUCCUUAAUCCACAUGAAAUUCCUGAGGAAAUGUGCGAUUAAAAAUAACCAGUUAUACUGUUUUCUUUCUGUACAGCUGCUUUGUUGCAGAAGAAAACAGGACUUGGAUAUUUGUUGACCAAAAUGAUGCCAAUUUGUAAAUUUAAGAUGUCACCUAGUGGCCCUUUUUCUUAUGUGUUUUUGUAUAAGAAAUUUUCUGUGAAAUAUCCUUCCAUUGUUUAA